AUGUCCACACCGGUGGAUCGAGCUCGCCCGUGGGAGGACGGACGCAAAUCAACUGGCAUCAGGUCAUCCUCUUCUCUUCCCAGCGGCAGCGAGACGGCGGCCGAGAGACUCACCGAGGACCUCCUAGUCGAGAUACUCUCGCGCGUGCCCGCCAGGCCGCUCUGCCGCUUCAAGUGCGUCUCCAAGCACUGGCUCGGCCUCAUCAACGACCGCACCUACCGCCGGAAGCUCCCCCAGACCCUGACCGGCUUCUUCUUCAGCGGCACCACGGAGGAGCAAUUGGUACAUCCAGUUCUUCCUUUCACCAAUUUAUCCGGGAGCCGCAGUCGCACCAGUCUUACCUUCCUGCCCAACGGCCGGGACGCCUUUCUUUUGGACUGCUGCAAUGGCUUCCUUCUCUACGACGUAUCUGCCCAUCUUGGCAAGCGCCGUUACGUCGUGUGCAAUCCUGCCACGGAGGAAUGGACUGAGUUGCCGCAUUGCGACCAUCCGGCUGGGUGGGUAUUGUGCGCUUAG